GCAACAUACUCUCUGCGACACACACAUUGAUCUGUCUCUCUCUCUCUCUCUCUCUCUCUCUCUCUCUCUGCGACACACAUUUCACUCAAACGCAAAUCUCACUCAACCUCAAAGCUUCUAGCGCUCAUCCAUGGCGGCAGGAUUCUCCGCCACCAUAACCUUGAAGCCCAUCGACUUCUUCCAUACCUCAGACCCCCUCCCCAAGGCGGUCCCACCUCUUCUCUUCACUUCCUUAAGAUGUUUCCCUCGUCGGACUACCACAACCCGUCGAAGCCCACGGUUACCCUCCUUCACUGUCUGCGUCCUCAUGGAGGAUCCCAAACAGAGCAUCCAGAUCGAAGCCGACGACGAAGAGAAAGAGCCUAAUAAUCGAGUCGAUUCCGAUUCCGAAGCUGUAUCAGUUCGCAUGGCAGAGAGAUUGGCCAGGAAGAGAUCGGAGAGAUUCACUUAUCUCGUUGCGGCUGUGAUGUCUAGCUUUGGGAUUAUGUCCAUGGCUGUUAUGGCCGUUUAUUACAGAUUCUGGUGGCAAAUGGAGGGUGGAGAAGUUCCUUGGUCUGAAAUGUUUGGUACAUUCGCUCUCUCCGUUGGCGCUGCUGUGGGUAUGGAAUUCUGGGCAAGAUGGGCUCAUAAAUCUCUCUGGCAUGCCUCCUUAUGGCAUAUGCAUGAGUCGCACCAUAGAGCAAGAGAAGGGCCGUUCGAGCUAAACGACGUGUUCGCAAUAAUAAACGCAGUGCCAGCGAUCGGUCUUCUCUCUUACGGAUUCUUCAACAAGGGUCUGAUCCCUGGUCUGUGCUUCGGUGCUGGAUUGGGAAUUACGGUGUUUGGAAUGGCCUACAUGUUCGUCCACGACGGUUUGGUGCACAAGAGAUUCCCUGUGGGGCCCAUUGCCAACGUGCCCUACUUCAGAAGGGUGGCCUCUGCUCACCAUCUUCACCAUACAGACAAAUUCAAUGGGGUUCCAUAUGGACUGUUUUUGGGACCAAAGGAAGUAGAAGAAGUGGGGGGAGCAGAAGAGCUGGAGAAAGAAAUAAUUAGAAGAACAAAAUCUUAUAAAAAUGGAUCAUCAUGACCUAAUUAAUUAUAUAAUGCAAAUCGGUUGUGAUGAUGAGUGAGUGUAGAGGAAUAACCUUUUUAUUCAUUGGAAGAGAUUUUGAUGAUUAGCUUCUUUGUUUACGCAUAGUUGCUACGUGGUUACAUCGUAUGAAGGAAGAAAUAUAAAAGAAGAAAUUAAAAUCAAAAUGGGAUCUCAAAAAGAAAAGAAAAAGAAAAAUGAAGACGAAGACUAGGAGGAGUAAGGGUGGUGUCUUGAGAUGUUCCUUGCAAUGACCAAUCAUCGUGUCCCCACCGAUGUAGCUUGUACAAAGUUACAUUCUUGUUUAAGCAUAUGAAUAUUUCAUAUAGUAAAUUACCUUUUAA